ACUCACACCGUCUCCGGGGCUCUCACGUCGUCUUUGUGAAGUGGAGGGAGCGAGAGCGAGCUGCACCGUAAACACGAGGUUUGGAGAAACAAUACGCGGAUUUGCCACAGAGGUCCGAGCUGAAAAUCACCGCUUAAGGAGGGGGUCAGCGAAGGACCGUGCGUGAGGAAUAUAUGAAGGGUGGGGUGGGGGAGGGGGCGGCCACCACAGCGGCAGUACCAUUGAGGUCAGAGUUCAUGCAGACUCGCUCUGUGAUUGAUGAGGAUUAAGGAACGGAUUUUGCCUAAUAGGAAAAACAGGAACGUCCUCAUCCACAACUGAGUACAGAACUUUUUUUAAUGGCGUCCCGGUAGAGGCAUCAAGAUGAACACACUACCAUCAAUGGACCGGCACAUUCAGCAGACCAAUGACAGGCUGCAGUGCAUCAAACAGCACUUACAGAACCCGGCCAACUUCCACUCAGCGGCCACAGAGCUGCUCGACUGGUGUGGAGAUCCCCGGGCCUUCCAGCGACCUUUCGAGCAAAGUCUCAUGGGAUGUCUGACGGUGGUGAGUCGUGUUGCUGCUCAGCAGGGGUUCGACUUGGAUCUGGGCUACAGGUUGCUGGCUGUGUGUGCUGCCAACAGGGACAAAUUCACACCCAAGUCUGCAGAAACCAGCACCUGCAGGAGAUGUCAGAGUGACUCAGCCCUGCUGUCGUCGUGGUGCGAGGAGCUGGGUCGUCUCCUCCUGCUGCGUCACCAGAAGAGCCGGCAGAACGAACCGCAGGGAAAAGUCCCCAUGCAGCCCAGCAUGAACAGCAUGAAGCCCGGCCUCACACACAGUGAUGGAUCCUUUCCCUAUGACUCUGUCCCCUGGCAACAAAACACCAACCAGCCCCCCGGGUCAUUGUCUGUGGUCACAACAGUGUGGGGCGUGACCAAUACAUCACAGAGUCAGGUGCUAGGUAACCCAAUGGCAAAUAGCAAUAACCCCAUGAAUCCUGGAGGUAACCCAAUGGGAUCAGGUCUGUCUGCCAGCGCUGCAGGGCUCAACUCACCUCAGUUCAAUGCUCAGCAGCAACAGUUUCCAAAUAAAGGAGGCUCCAACCAAGCGUACAUGCAGCAGGGCAUGUAUGGUAGGCCCGGCUACCCCGGAGGUCCUGGGGGAUACAGCGGGAGUUACUCCGGAGGCCCAAACCCUCCUCCAGGAGGUAUGGGAUUGACCUCCCACACACGUCCUCCUGGUGACUUUACUCAACCAGCUGCGGCCGCUGCAGCUGCUGCUGUCGCCGCCGCUGCUGCUACGGCAACGGCCACAGCAACGGCCACGGUGGCAGCUCUGCAGGAAACCCAGAAUAAAGAUAUGAACCAGUAUGGACAGAUGUGUUCUUCGUUCCAAAUGGGUCCCGCGCAGGCCUACAAUAGCCAGUUCAUGAACCAGCCAGGCCCACGAGGCCCCCCUGGAGGAAUGAAUCCAGCAAGCAUGGGAUCAGCCAUGAACAACCCCAAUAUGAGUGGGCCUCCCAUGGGCAUGAACCAGGCUCGGACCCCAGGCAUGGUGCCUUUCGGGGCUCACGGCCAAAGGAUGCCUCAGCAAGGGUAUCCCGGAGGACCACGACAGGGCAUGCCCAUGCAGGGGAUGAAGAGGCCAUAUCCUGGGGAGGGGAGUUACGGUGGUCAGCAGUAUGGGCCGAACAGUCAGUUCCCACCACAGCAAGGGCAGUACCCGCCAUCAAACACCUCCAGACCGCUGCCAUCUCCUAACUACCCCAGCCAGAGGAUGCCAGGGCAGCAGGGCCAAGGGCAGUACCCACCUGGCAUGCCCAUGAGCCAGUACUACAAGCAAGAGCCCUUCAAUGGUCAGAGCACCAACUUCUCUGGAGGCGGAUACUCCUACAGCCAAGGCAACGGGCCCCCGAGGCCCGGUAACUACCCCCACUCCCCGGUCCCUGGAAACCCCACACCCCCUAUGACCCCAGGAAGUAGUAUUCCUCCGUACCUGUCGCCAAACCAGGAUGUGAAGCCCCCGUUUCCACCCGACAUGAAACCAAAUAUGACCGCACUUCCACCCCCUCCAACUAACCCUAAUGAGGAGCUGCGGCUGACGUUCCCAGUCAGGGAUGGAGUGGUGCUGGAGCCGUUCCGCUUGGAGCACAACCUGGCUGUCAGUAACCACGUCUUCCACCUCCGACCCUCCGUCCACCAGACACUCAUGUGGAGGUCAGAUCUUGAGCUCCAGUUUAAGUGCUACCACCAUGAAGACAGGCAGAUGAACACCAACUGGCCCGCCUCCGUCCAGGUCAGCGUCAACGCCACGCCCCUCACCAUCGAGAGAGGAGACAACAAAACCUCCCACAAACCCCUGCACCUGAAGCACGUAUGCCAACCUGGAAGAAACACCAUCCAGAUUACAGUCACCGCCUGCUGCUGUUCCCACCUGUUUGUGCUGCAGCUGGUCCACAGGCCAUCUGUGCGAUCCGUCCUCCAGGGGCUCCUGAAGAAAAGGCUCCUUCCUGCAGAACACUGCAUCACCAAGGUUAAGAGGAACUUCAGCAGCGUGGCGGCCUCGGCAGGCAGCACCACUCUGAACGGGGAAGACGGUGUGGAGCAGACGGCCAUUAAAGUGUCGCUGAAAUGUCCCAUUACCUUCCGACGCAUCCAGCUACCCGCGCGAGGGCAUGACUGCAAACAUGUCCAGUGCUUCGAUCUGGAGUCCUACUUGCAGCUCAACUGUGAGAGGGGAACAUGGAGGUGUCCUGUGUGCAAUAAAACAGCAUUAUUAGAAGGUCUGGAGGUGGACCAGUACAUGUGGGGAAUCCUUAAUGCCAUCCAAAAUUCAGAGUUCGAGGAGGUCACUAUAGACCCUACGUGUAGCUGGCGACCGGUCCCCAUCAAGUCAGAGCUACACAUCAAAGAGGACCCCGAUGGCCCACUGGCCAAGCGCUUUAAGACCAUGAGCCCGAGUCAGAUGACCAUGCCCAAUGUGAUGGAGAUGAUCGCCCAGCUAGGGCCCGGCCCAGGACCUGGACCGGGACCCGUACUGGGCCCCAGCCCCUACCCACCACACCCUAGUCAACAUCCCAGUGGCAACGGGGGAGAUUACCCUGGAGCAGGCAACAGUUACCACGGCCAAGGGAACUUUGACUUCCCUCAUGGGAACCCCUCUGGUGGUGGAGUUGGAGGAGGAGGUCCCCCAAUGAAUGACUUCAUCCAUGGCCCCCAGCUCUCACACCCUCCAGAUGGACCUGGUGGUCUCCUCCCGCAGGAUAAGCCCCUGAACCACGGCAUGAAUGAUGCAAUGUCCCAUCCCGAUCAGUCCCAUAACUCCAUGCAGCAGAGCUUGCAUGCGUCUCCCCACCCUGGCAGCCAAUCAGGGCCUCCCUUACAUCACAGUGGCCAGUCAGGGCAGCCCUUGCAUCACAGUGGCCAACCAUCGCAGCCGCCUCGCCAGUCGCAGCCUCAACCGCAGCCUCAGCCUCAGCAGCCGCCUCAGCAGCAGCCUGGGCAGAACAGUCACCCCCACAGCGAUCUGAACUUUAACCCCUCCUCAGAUGGUCAGAUGGGUCAGGGCGCCCAGGAUAUGCCUGAACCCUCCCUGGAUCUGCUUCCAGAGCUGGCCAACCCGGACGAGUUACUAUCAUAUCUGGACCCCCCCGACCUCCCUGCCAACAGCAACGACGACCUUCUCUCCCUUUUCGAGAACAACUAGCCCUUCACCUCCACUAAAAAAAACCCUCCUGCACCCACAGGAGCCGUGAUGUGUUUGACUGUCCGUCCACAGACACCUCACUGACCUCCUGUCGAUACUUCAAGCGGCUUCCUAUGCCCACACACGCGCACACACACAGUCUUUCACAGAUGUGUGGCAUGGGAGCACGGCUGAACAGAGGCACCUGUUUGGGAACUCCAAGGGAGAAAGCAGGAAUGCCGGUCCCUUUUUUCUCCCCCCACACUCCCUUUUUUCCUCCUGUAAAGAUUCCACGCACCAGUUCCACCGCCUCUGACUCGAAACACACCAUUUACAGCCAUGUUGGCGGGCACUAAAGUGAUAUUAUAUAUAUACAUAUAUGAUAUUUGUGACUUUUAAACUGAAAACUGUGCAGCUAUAAUCAUCAUGUGUAAACAACACGGAGGAGACAGGAGCCUUUGUGGGCUCUAAGUGUUGUAGCUUUGUUUUUUUGUUGUUUUUUUUUUGUUUGUUUUUUGUCAUUUUCCUUUUGUGAAAAAAAAACAUUGUCUUGUAAGAGUGUUUUUAUCCUAUUUGAAAUGUGUUCUUCCAAAACUUUGGCACAUGCCGUGCCCCGCUGAUCCCCCCCCCCAGUGUGUGUGUUGAAUAACUGGAACUCUUCAGAAUCAGAGCACUGAAAGGACGAGCUAAAAUGUCCCGAGUGUCAACAGAGGAAACGAGCGCACAUUGUGCAAUUUAGUGUGUGUGAGUGUGUCCGUGUGUGUAUAUACGUGUGUCUGUUUACGCGUCUUCUUUUGUUUGCCUGCGAGCGUUUGUGAAAGACAGCGGGGGAGGGAAAGUCUGAGACAGAGGAGGGAAGGGAAAUAUUGAAUGGAAGAAAGAUAAAACACUUUAAGAGCUUUCUCUGUACUUUUUCUCCUCCCGCGGUCGUUCUUGUGUAUUUAUUGUAAAUGUUUCGCUCUUCCUUAUCAAAUUCAGCACCAUUUUGUUCACAAGUGCAUGUGUGCCAAUGGCUCCUGUUGUCUUUGUCCAGCCUAAACGUGCUUGAUCAAAUAAUUUUCUCUCUUGUCUUUAUAUUUAUUAUUUCAAAUUCAUCAGUUUUUUUUUUGUUUUUUUAAUUGUCAUCCUUUUUAUGUGUUUUAUCUUUGUCCCACAAAGUAAUCAGAAACACAUCACCAAAGUUCUCCUAUAUGGUUUUUAUAAGGGGUCGGGCCUGAGCAGGAUUUCAACAUCCUACAGAAGUUUUUAAAUCACUGUGUUUUAUAGAAACGUCUGUGUGAUUGUUCCGAAAUUUCCUUUUGUCGUUUUGUUACUGUUGAACUGCAUCUUUUUUGGGAAAAAAAACAUCCUGCAUGAUCCAACAGUGUUUCCAGAGCUGUUGUAUAUACCCUUUGUGAAUACUUUGUGACUGUACAGUACUGUACCUAUCUAUUACUGGCAACUACAUGGUACUGUAUGUGUGUCAAGGACUAUACGCACACUCACACACACACUUACAAACACACACAGACUCCUUUAUAACCAGUCCAAUAUUGUAACAAAUUGAUCCAAAUGCACUCUCACAGGCCUUGUAUUGAGUCCUUGUGUGUUGUUUUCCAUCACCCUGUGACAAUGCAUCAAUGAAAAGGCAUAUUCAAGUUGCUCAGCAGGCACGUUUUAAGAGUUAUUUUUAUUUUUUCUUUAUGUAUAAGAAUUGGUCACCUUUCAAUUUGUUUGUUUUUUUGUCUAAAUAAUUGUUAAUGCAGCUUCGAGGUCCAGAUUUCUCCAAAAUAGUGGUUCAAUAUCAUUGGAAUAAGUGACCUCGUCCUUUUUAUUUAAAGUGAGAAUGUGCAAAAAUGUCCUCAGAAUUGCUUUGACUCCUGAUCAUGAGCUUUUGAUAACCAUACCUAGCAAAAGUGUGUAUUUUCAUCACAUUUGAUAUUGUUUUAAGUUAUUGAUUUUGUCCAGUGUUUUUUAAGUAUAAUUUGGUUUACACAGUUUCAUGCAGUACAGUCAAUGAAUUUAAAUAUACUGUAUGUUGUUGGAUAAAAGUUCCCCCAUAUUUGAGAUUUGUAAUUUGUUUGAAGAACCAAAUAUGGCUUUUACUGAUCUUCAAAAAUGGAUCACCUGCAUUUAAGACAGUUGAAGGAUCAGAUGUUGUAUGUGUUUGUUUAUAUGUUUGUUAAAGACAAUGCACUGCCGCAUUGGGAUGUUUUAUUUCCCUACACAGCGUGUAACUGUAACCGCAACCUUUCACGAAAUCACGUCUACUAAUUUGACACAAAUUGUACUGUCUGAUUGCAGACGUUGGAAAUUGAGGAUUUAAAAGAGAAUGCAAUUAAUAUUGUAAAAUGGAAUUUGGGGGAGAUCCCCCCCCUCCUGUUUGCAUACAAGGGGAGGUUGUGGCAGAGGGUUGGGGAUGGGGUUUGGGAUGUAAGGGAUACGUGUAUAUAAUGUAAAUGACAAAUAGAGACACGUUAACAGAAAUGUAUUCAUUUUCUCCAGGGGGAGUGUGCAUAGUGUAUUUAGAAUUUGUAAAGCUUGCAUCCUCCUGUCAGACAUUGAAUUGGCAAAAUGAGUCUGUGUUCGAUUGCGUCUGUGCAGACCUCUAACCACGCCUGUUCAUUUAUGGAAGAUACUUUAUGUACCCCUCCACGGGGGAUUCCAAGAAAAAAAAAGACAUUUUUCCUUUGUGUAAUAUUAAACUUCUGUGUAUUUCUCUA